AUGGUAAAUAGAAACCAAAAGGCCGAUAAUGUCAUACGGCAGAUUCGACAUGAUGAUAUGGCAGCGUAUAAUAAUCUAGCAGCCAUGGUCAAAAGGAUUAUGGUGAGAAAUGGGAUAAACUUUGGCCUUCGAAGGCCAAAUUAUACAUCACCUUUGUCGGAAUAUAUCCUAAAGGCAGAAGCACCCCCUAGAACAAAAAUCCCCAAAUUCAUUAAGUUUUCUGGGGAUACUACUGAAUCCACUAUCGAACAUGUGGCUAGAUAUUUAAUUGAGGUAGGAGACAUUUUGAAUAACGAAAGCCUUAGGAUAAAGUUUUUCCCAAGUUCUCUCAUAAAGAAUUCCUUCGCAUGGUUCACCAUCUUGCCACAAAGUUCGAUUCAUACUUGGAAUCAGUUAGAGAGAAUGUUCCAUGAGCAGUUUUACAUGGGACAAAUGAAGAUAAGUCUGAAGGAAUUGGCUAGUAUUAAACGAAAGUUUAAUGAGCCAAUUGAUGACUAUCUGAAUAGGUUUCGAUUACUCAAAGCUAGGUGUUUUAAGCAAGUUCCAGAGCAUGAACUGGUCGAAAUGAUUGUUUGCGGCCUUGACUAUUCUAUUAGGAAGAAGUUAGAUACCCACAAUGAUGAUGAAGGGUCUUGUAACGGGCCUUCAGACUUCGACGAAAAUGAAAUUGACCUUGCUGAAUUGAAGCAAGGGCCACCUUACGCGUGUAAGGUUUUGGCCCCGUCGAAUGGAAAAAACCCUAUUGAACCAGAAAAGAAUGAUAAAUUUACUAAUAAAACUUACACUUUCGACCUUACAAAAUGUGACGAAAUCUUUGAUUUGUUAGUUAAGGAUGGUCAAAUGAUAGUACCCCCGAGUGCCAAAGUGCUUCCUUUAGAACAAAGAAAGAAAAGAGGGUUUUGCAAGUACCAUGGUUUUCUAGUUUAUAAAACAUCUCAAUGUUUUCUUUUCAGGGAUCUUGUGUAUAAUGCCAUCCAAGAAGGGAGACUCAAGUUUGGAGAUAAACCUCUGAGCCAUAUGAAGAUCGACUCCGAUCCUCUGCAAGUGGUUGAUGCCCAGUAUACAGAGCCAGAGGAAGUGAACCUGGUCAAAGUCACUAACGAUUUCAACAUGACUGAAGUUACUGAAGACUUCAUCAAUGAACCUGUCAUGGCUAGGAUUUCUGAACAUCUUGAUCAGGAAUAUUUUAAUGAAUUUAUUCAGGAAGUUGUGGGAGAUGCCUCCAACAAGAGCGAUAAUGUAUUCAACGCUGGAGUCACUGAAGAUUCUAAUCUGAUGAUAGUCACCAAGGAAACUGCUGAUGGUUUCGUGAAGAUAGAUAAGGCCAUUGAGGGCCUUCAAUUAUAA